ACUGGUUGUGGAGAGAUGUCGAGAAGAAUCUCAUUUCCAUAUUCCUCGCUGACAACCGAUUGCUUUCAGCCUCCCAUGGGUAUAAAGCAAGCAGGGGACCUCUGCAAACACAUCGUCGUCGUUGAUCUCCAUCGGUGCAAGAUGUUUUCAAAGAUCCUCCUGCUGGUGGUGGUCGCAGCCGUGGUUGCAGACGAAGUCCCCGAUUUCGUCAUCAAAGGGAAUUGUCCCGCGGUUGAUGAGCAAAGCCUUUGGGAACAACAGCUGCCGAGACAUUCAAGCUUCGGAGGCGUUUGGUAUCAACAAGCUAUCUCAACGAACCCAUAUCAGCUGCUGAAAAAGUGUGUCCGGAUCCAGUAUGAUUACAACGGCAAAGGCUUCGACGUCAAGACUGCCGGCAUAACCGCAGAAGGCACCCAGCUCAAGAGAAAGGGCGUCCUCACUCCCAUGCCCCUCGGAGACCCUCAUCUCAUGAUCAACCUUGAAAACUCCUUCCCAGCGCCCCUCGUAAUCCUCGACACCGACUACAACAACUACGCCUGCAUGUACUCCUGCAUGGAUUACAACUACGGCUAUCACUCGGACUUCGCCUUCUUCUUCGCCCGAGCUCCCGAGUCCUACGACAAGUACAUCGCCAAAUGCAGAGCAGCCUUCGACGGCAUAGGAGUCGAUUCCAACAGACUAAUCAAGACCGAGCAAGGCAGAGGCUGCGAUUACGAGCAACUGACGAAGCUCAUCAAAGACGAACUUUAGAUGAACAACUAAUACUAUGACGUUCCUAAGAUCGUAGAAUGAGACGUAUUAUAAUGAAAAAUAUACAAUAGAAUAAUAAUGCAGUGAAAGGACUUUCAAUGAAUGGUUUGAAUUGUUGUGAAACAAUAAAAACAAAUAUAGCUC